AGCCCCAGCCCAGAGCCCAGCCCCCUGCCCCAGCCCUCUUGGCCAGUUCCCGAAGCCCACCUCUGCACCAGAGCCCAGCCCAGAUCUGAGACCCAGCCUCGCUCUAGAGCCCAGGCCAGCUCUGGGACCGAGUUUACCUCUAGAACCCCUACCAGUUCUGAGACCAAGCCCAGCUCUGAGGUCAAGUCUUGCUCUAGAACCAAGCUCAGUUCUGAGACUAAGCCUAGCUCUGAGACCAAGCCCUGUUCUAGACCCCAGGCCAACCCUGAGACAAAGUUCAUCGCUAGAAUGCAAUUUAGUUCUGAGACCCAACCCAGCUCCAAAACCCAGCCCUUUCCUAGAACCCAAGACAGCUCUGAAGCUAAACCAAGCUCCAAAAUCAAGUUAAGGUCAGAAUCCCAGAUAAGUUUUAAGACACAGCCUAGCUCUGAGAUCAAUCCCAGUUCUGGAAGCCAGCCCAGAUCUAUGACCAAGCCCUUCCAUAAAACUCAGUCUGAUGCUGGAACUCAAGACAACCCCAUGACUCAGCCGUAUCUAGACAGCCGGUCUAGCUCAGGAACUCCCAUUAAUUCUGGAGCCCAGUUCAGACUCCAGAAACAGUCCAGCAACAGUAGCCACACCAGUUCAGGAUUGGAAGAUGGCUCCCAAACCCAACCCUGCUCACGAGCCCAGAUGCAUGCUGCAGCUCAGUCCAGACCCAGAUCCCAGCCCUGCUCUAAAACCCAACUGCACUCAAGUACCCACCCCCAUCCUGGGGCCUGGUCCGCUUCCAGUGAUGAGUCCAGCUUAGAGACUGAGUCCAGUUCUAGACCCCACCCUAGUGCUAUAACCAGGCCCAUCUCCAGAAUUCAGACAAGCUCUGGAACCCCAUCCAUUUCUGAGGCAAGGCCUGCCUCCAGAGCUCAGCCUGAUGCCGAGCCCCGCUCUCACUGCGGAACGCAGACCAGCUCUAGAAUGCCAUCUAACUCUGGGACCCAGAACAAUUUUAAGACCUGGGCAAUUUCCAGAGCUCAGUCCAGCUCAGGCGCUCCACCCAGCUGCAGAACUCAGCUCAAUUCUGAAGCACAGACUGGGUCUGAAAUCCCUUCCAGCUCCCAAACACAGUCAGUUGCUGAGACCCCACUGAGUUCCAGAAUCCAGCUAAACUCUGUAAUCCAGUCUAGCCUUGGGACCCAGACCAAUGCAGCAACAGAUGUAAUCUCCACAAAUCUGUCUAGCUCUGAAAGCAGGCCCAGCUCCAGGACCCAGACUUGUUCAGGAGCUCAAUCAACUUCUGGGACUCAGCUCAUCUCGGAAACCCUACCAAGUUCUAGAUACCAGCUCCAGGCCACAGCCCAAGGCAGCUCUGGUAUUGAGCCGGACUUUGGGAAGCAGACCAGCUCUGGAACUCAUCCAAGCUCUGGAGCCCAGUUAAGUUCAAGAAUUCACUCCGUCUCUGGAACCCAGCCCAGCUCCACGAUUCACUCCAGCCCUGAGACACAGGCCAACUUGGAAACCCAGAGUGAUUCCAGAACCCAGCCUGGCUCUAGAACCCUGAUCAGUUCUGGAACGCAACUCAGACCUGAGACCCAGCCCACCUCAGAGACUGAGCCCAGUGCAAGAAUUCAGCCCACCUCCAGGAUUCAGCUCAGCCCUGUGACCCAGCCCAAGCCUGGAACCCAGAGCAGUUCAAGAACUCAGCCCAGCUCUGAAACUUACCUUAGUUCCAGAACCCAGCCUGUUUCUGGAACCCAGUCCAGCUCUAGAACCCAGACCAGUUCUGGAACCCAGCUCAGCUCCAAGACCCAGCCCAGCUCUGGGACCCAGAGCAGUGUAAGAAUUCAACCCAGCUCCGGAGCCCAGCUUAGCUCCAGAACUCGGUCUAGCCCUGAGACCUGGCUCAACUCUGAGACCCAGCUCAGUCGCAGGAUUCAGUUCAGCUCUGAGACACAGCCCAUCACUGGAAGCCAGCCCAGUUCAAGAAUGCAGCCCAGCUCUGGAACUCACCUCGGCUCUAGAAUCCAGCCUCUUUCUGGAACUCAACCCAGCUCCAGAACCCAGACUAGUUCUGGAACCCAGCUUAGCUCCAAGACCCCGCCCAGCUCUGGGACCCAGAGCAGUGUAAGAAUUCAAACCACCUCUGGAGCCCCACUUAGCUCGAGAACCCAGUUUACUUCUGAGACCUGCCUCAGCUCUGAGAUGCAGCUCAGCUCUGAAACCCAACCCAGUUCCAGAACCCUGAUCAGUUCUGGAAUGGAGCUCAGCUCUGGAGCCCAGCCCACCUCAGAGACCCAGAGCAGUGCAAGAAUUCAAACCACCUCUGGAGCCCCGCUUAGCUCGAGAACCCAGUUUACUUCUGAGACCUGCCUCAGCUCUGAGAUGCAGCUCAGCUCUGAAACCCAACCCAGUUCCAGAACCCUGAUCAGUUCUGGAAUGGAGCUCAGCUCUGGAGCCCAGCCCACCUCAGAGACCCAGCCCAGUGCAAGAAUUCAGCCCAGCUCUGGAGCCCAGCUCAGCUCCAGAACCCAGCCUAGCUCUAGGAUUCAGCUCAGCCCUGAGACCCCGCCCAAGUCUGGAACCCAGAGCAGGUCAAGAACUCAGCCCAGCUCUGGAACUUACCUUAGUUCCAGAACCCAGCCUGUUUCUGGAACCCAGUCCAGCUCCAGAACCCAGACCAGCUCAAAGAUCCAGCUCAGCUCUAGAAAUGGACUCCACCUACAGAUCGCUCGCCUUGACCCUAGAACCGAGGCUGAUCUCACUCCCCCAGCCCAACAUCAGCCCCUAGGCCCACCACGCAGAGCCCCGACUCUGGCCCCUAGCACAGUGUCUCAGCCACGGCCCCAGCCCCAUGAUCUGGUACAUGGAACGCAGGCCAACAUUGUCCUGGGCCGAAGCUCACCAACUUCCCACCUGGCCCCACAGCCACAGACCCCGUCAGCCCCUCAGAAACCAGUCCUCUUCCCCAAGCCCCAGUUAGGACCCCAGAAGUCCACCCCACCCACCAUAUCUGUCAUCUCUAGUUCUGCCCCCAGGGUGGCCCUCCUGCAUUCCCAGACCCCUGAAUCCCUAGCCCAGAGGCCUGUUCCCUCCCACACGCUCAAGGAGUCAGGGCCUGCUCCUUGGGGGUCAGAGCCCCUCCCCUACCAAGGGGAGCUGUAGCUUGAGGGUGACACAGUUUU